AUGGGCUCCGAGACAUCUUCAUAUCUCAUCAUCGGAGCCGGGGUUUUUGGCACCUCGACGGCAUACCAUCUCAUUCAGCGAUACCCAGAUGCCACCGUAACGCUGGUGGACCGGGACGCCUUUGACGCCAGCCGCCGCGUAGCCGCAUCCUGGGACUGGAACAAGGUAGUCAGAGCCGACUACGCCGAUCUUGGAUACUGCAAGCUGGCGCUCGAAGCGCAGGACGUCUGGCGAGCCGAUCCGCUGUGGAAGCCCUUUUACCACGAGAGCGGCAUCUACUGGAUCAGCCGCACCGGAUUCUCGCAAAAGGUACUGGAUAAUUACGCCAAACUUGGUCGCCAGGCCGAUCUGUACAGCUUGCCCGUUGAAGAGGCGAGGAAAUUGCACGGUGGCAUCUUUGGCGACGCUGAUUACACUGGGGUAAAGGAGGUCCUCAUAAACAAUACUAGUGGCUGGGCAGAUGCUAGAGAUGCAUUGAGGAAGGUGAUAGAGACCUCUGUAGAGAUGGGAGUCAAGUACGUCGUUGCAGAAGUGACAUGUCUCGAAAUCGACGACGUCGGGGUCUGCCGGGGCGUGCGCACAGCCGGCGGGGUUGUGCUGACGGCAACCCAUACGAUCCUAUGCAGUGGAUCUUUUACGCCAAAGCUAUUGGAGAUGAGCGCAGAGAUUAGCGGCAUCGAAAAGCUUCGAGCGGACGAGCGUAUUAUAUCAGCUGGUGUGACAACUGGGUUGACUCAUCUCAAUGACGGCGAUAUGGACUCAUACUCUGCAAUGCCGGUGUGCAUCCAGGAAAACCCCCCAGAACGAGGUGCGAGUAACGGCAUGCUGCCCCCAAACAAAGAUUCUCAAAUCAAGUGGUGGGGUCAAUACAUCUUCAAGAAUACACAAGAAGUCAAAAGGGGCAAAUUCAUAUCUGCACCACCAGAUAAGCCCGACUAUGCCGAGUGGGAGGUUCCAGACUCGCUCAAGAACGAUAUAAGAUUUGCCAGCAAGGUGACUGCUGGCAAGAAGGGAGAGUCAUGGGAGUUGGAACAACACCGUAUUUGCUGGGAAGCUUUGACGCCCAGCGAAGACUUCAUCAUCUCGAAACACUCGGCAGCCGAUCAACUAUUCGUCGCCACGUGUGGGUCAUUUCACGGAUGGAAAUUCUUUCCAAUACUAGGGCGCUAUGUUUUGCAAAUGUUGAACGGGGAAUUGCCCCCUGAAUGGCAGAUCAGGUGGGCAUGGGAUCGUCAACUUCCAGACCCGUCGGACCUCGUGGUAUGGCCGAAGAGAGAGCUGAAAGAUUUGAAGUAA